AUCUAAACCAUAACCAUUCCACAGACAAAGAUAUGGAGAGCGGCACUGACACAAAUUUAUUAUCAUCUCCUUGAGCUUCUUCUUCUUCUUCUUCCAUGGCACUGUCUCAAAACAAUCCCUUCAUUCUCUCUACAACCAAAUCCAUAGCCACCAGCCAUGCCACAGCAAGGCCUAGCUCAAGAAGAUCAGGUUCAGUUCUUGUUACUAAAAUGGCUAUGGCAUAUGAAGAAGGUGAGCUAGAAAGACCCAAAUGGGCCGGCCAGACUCCGCUUUCCCGUCUUGUCGGAGCUCUACUCUCCAUCAAGCCAUUGUCUGCAGUUCUCAAGCUUGGUGCUAGACAAGUUCUCAUCAGUACAGCUGAGAAGAAGAAUAUUCCGUGGAGGGAAAUUAGGAAAGAGAUUUUGGAAUCUGAUGUGUAUAAGGAGAUUGAGAGCAUUCAAAACCCUUCAAUUGUAUAUCCUGAUUAUUAUCGCAGCCCGUUUCAUGGAUACGAUGAGGGAAAUCUUUCAUGGAUGGAAAAAGUAUGUGCCGCUAGCGCGGAAACAGAAAUGCUGAAACAAAAAAUACAAAAACAGAAAACGCAAGAGGCGGCAGCAGAAGCAGAACCUGCAACAAUGUCAAUGGUGAGACGAUCAUUACCAAAUGUAGCUUCACUAGAAGAAGGAAUUCAAAUUCUUCGUGGGAACGUCCUUAAAACAAUCACACAACAACAUCAAACAUAUUCAGGGAAGUCCGUAAUAGAUGACAUUCUAGAUAUUGGAUGCUCUGUAGGUGUUAGUACAAGAUUUCUUGCUGACAGUUUUCCUUCUGCAAAAGUCAGUGGACUUGAUUUGUCUCCACACUUUCUUUCGGUAGCUCAAUUCAAGGAAAAAAAGAGCGCGCCUAGAAAGAAUCCAAUUACCUGGAUACAUGCUAAUGGGGAAGACACAGGCUUGCCCUCCAAAUCAUACGACCUUAUUACUAUUUCGUUUGUGAUUCAUGAAUGUCCCGAAAGAGCCAUAGUUGGUUUGAUAAAGGAAGCAUCCCGGCUGCUUAAACCCGGAGGCACCAUAGCUUUGACUGAUAUAGCGCCCAAGUCAAAGAUCCUUCAGGAAUUGUCUCCGGUUCUGUUUACAUUAUUGAAGAGCACUGAGCCAUUUUUGGAUGAAUAUUAUUUGACUGAUCUAGAAGGGAGAUUGAAGGAGGCCGGAUUCCUACAUAUACAAUCACUACUCACAGAUCCACGCCACCGGACUGUAACCGCAACUGCUCCUCCGUCUGUGUAAAUCCUGCAUUAGCUAGCUCCAAAGACUUCCGCUUCUGAUUAUGCAGUGCUCGUAUUAGUCCUCCUUCUAUAGUUUUAUAUAACCAACUCACUCAAAGACUGGCCUUGGAUUUGAUUGUUUCUCUUGUUUAUUAAGUAUAAUUUAAGUCAUUAGCCAUUCAUAAA